AUGUUUCAGCGUACAUGUAGUGGUUCAUUGUAUACCACACUGGAAGUAAGCAGAGACGCGACGCCUCAAGAAAUCAAGAAGGCGUAUCACAAGAUGGCUUUUCGCUUUCAUCCGGACAAAACAGGCGGAACUACGACGGAGCAAUUCCAGUUGAUCAAAGAUGCGCAAAGCAUCCUUAGCGAUCCGAACCAGCGACGUGUGUACGAUACAUUUGGUAGAAUGGGCGUGGAUUCCAUCCGGCAGUUUGGAGACGUGUCGGUACCGUUGACCCCUGCCGCUAUUCGUAAGGCCAUGUUUUUUGCUGCGUUUUGGAUGUCGUUGUUGCUACUCACUGUAGUGCUCAUCAUCGUUCGCUUGGACUACAACAAAAGCUGGCCCUGGGCAGUGGUGUUCGUCCCUCUGUGGGUAGCACUUAUUCCGCUUUUUCUAAUUGGUGGAGUGUUACUAUUUUAUGGCACUACUCGGCGGGAGAUCGCCACUGUACUAUUAGGAACGGAGUUUUUAUUGUUUAUUGCCUCGGUUGUAAUGCUCGUCGUCGGACUAUCUGGCGCUCUCGCAUGGCAUCUAGCCUUGGCUCCGGGUGCAGGAUUAUACGUGCUGCAGAGUUUUUAUGUUUUGUCCUUCAUGUUCUCUUCUCAGUUUUGCAAUCGCUUUGACGAGGCUAUGGAUCCUGAGACGUCUAUAUGUUGGUCCCGGAUGUACUGGGGAUUUUUUUUGGUGACAGCGUUUGAAAAGGUGUGUGGCUUCAGUUUCGUCACUCUUGCCCUGCUACGUGCGACACAAAGCGGGGACAAGGUUGGGGGAAAAUUGCUCUCCUUCUGGUUGGUAUUCGCGCCUCUUAUUGUGUACUUUGGAUGCAUGGCGUUUGUUGCUUCUGUGAGAAGAUUUAUGGCAAAGUCGGAAGAGGAGCCUUCAGGUAUUCCUUACCGCCUGUGUCAGGCGUUAGCAGCUGCCAUGGGUUACGGCACCCCUCUUUUCAUGGUUUGCAUGCUAGCAGCGAAGUGUGAGGCUGAGCAGAACCACGUGUCAGGAGGCCUACACCCCUCCGCGGCUCUUGUGCUCUUUCCGCUGUUAUCUAUACUUGCAUUCGCUGUGUUGUUGCCGAGCUGCAUGUUUUGCUAUGUCGAACUUCUAUUUGGGGGUCUGUCCCGAGUGGAGACGACAGAGGAUGGUGAAAGCUCCACACUACAGGGCGACAACGUGUUUGGUCGCGCCAAUUUUAUGUACAACGCCAUGCCAAACUAUCAUACCAACGACGACGGGGGAGGAGGACAGGCGGCAGAGAGUCCCAGGAUGUGUCGCGACGCGAGGGCGACAGAUACAACGUACAUCAGAACAACGUACCAUGAAAUUUAA